GCACGUGCCUCAGUCUGGCUCUGCACGGCCAUGCAGCAAGGCCAGCUGUGACGCAGCCGCACCUACCCUGACAGCCAUACACACACCCUGAGACCAUGGAGACGUGCGUGCUGAUCCCGCAAGAGUUCUCGCUGGUGCUGACCACCACCGGCGUCGACAGGAACGCCAACAAACUGAGUGAAACGCGCGUGAACGUGUGGACUAACGCCCGCGUCCCCCAGGGCACCGUCCUCUACCCUUUCCAGGGCACUAUCCGCCUCGACAACCUCGACGUCUACGGCUACCUCGACGACGCUGACAUCAGACACCGAUUCGGCUGCUACGACGAAAUCACCGAGGCCGACGGACACCGCGUGCGCCACUGCAACUGGGUCCGCUUCCUCAGGGCCGCCAACAGCUACAACGACGAAGUCAACGUCAUCGGCACCAAAGUCAAAGGUGAGCCGGUGUUCGAAGCGAUCAAAAGCAUCCCCCCAAACACAGAAGUGGUGGUGUACUUUCUGCCCGAGAGACCCGAAGAGUUGUUCUUCAUGCCGGCAGUGCACUUCCUGCGAAACUCGCUUUACCGCCGCACCAUGGACUCCAUCCUCGAAGACUCACCCCUCGACCUGUCCAUGUCGCUGCUGUCGCGGGUGCUGGUGGCCAGCGACACGGACGAGCACAAGUCCGUCUCGGGCGACAGCUCGGCCAGUUCGGCCGCGUCGUCGGCCGGCGACAUCGAGAACCUCAAGACAGACCCCAACGUACCUGCCGUGGCCAAGAAACCUCGCGAGAGGACGUUACUGCCGUGCGAAGUGUGUGGAAAGGCGUUCGACCGACCCUCCCUGCUCAAGAGACACAUGCGCACCCACACAGGUGAAAAGCCGCACGUCUGCGAGGUUUGCGGCAAAGGGUUCAGCACGUCCAGCUCGCUAAACACACACCGGCGCAUCCACAGCGGCGAAAAGCCGCACCAGUGUGGCGUAUGCGGCAAGCGCUUCACCGCCUCGUCCAAUCUCUACUACCACCGCAUGACGCACAUCAAGGAGAAGCCGCACAAGUGCCAGCUGUGCUCGAAGUCGUUCCCGACGCCCGGGGACCUCAAGUCGCACAUGUACGUGCACAACGGCUCGUGGCCGUUCAAGUGCCACAUCUGCAACCGCGGCUUCAGCAAACACACGAACCUGAAGAACCACCUCUUCCUGCACACGGGCAAAUACGCCAAGGGCUCGGCGGCGGCGGCGACGGCGGCGUCGACGUGCUCCGGCGCCGAAAAGAAGCAGAAGGCGCCGCGUCGCUUCGGCAAACUCGCCGUCGAGAUCUUCUGAAUGAACAGACUGAACAAAUUUAAAAGUGUAAAUUAUCUCGUGUACACACUCAGCCAAAUGCCUACUCUUAGUAAUUUAAUUCUUGCCUAGUUUUUUUUU